AUGCGUAUUGGCACGAAAGUAACGCCUUGUAAUCUGUGUGCGCUCGAUUGGCAAGCAAAUGGUCACCAGCGUGAACCAGUUAGUUCUAAUCUUGUUCUCAAACCUCGGCCCAGACCUAUUCCACAGCAACUUCCUCCGACUUCUAUCAGUUCUCCGCCUUCUGAAUCCCACUCUGCUAUGAUACCGCCCUCCAACGAGAACACACCAGUCUCCAUGCCAGAGGUCCAAUCGAACACCGAUGCAGUUUCACUAGCUGUGAAAGUGGAACUCGUUGGAACGACUCAUACUGAACAAAUGAAGACCACGAUCGUGGUCGGCGACUCGAAGCCUAAUAGCAUCAAGAAGCACCAGCCGAGCACCAAGCCAAUGCGGGUGAGCCCAAAGAUCACUGCGCGCAUGCAGUGCACAAAACACAGCCCCUUCACUCACACCAUGCACUCUGAUACUACUGCUAAACGAGUCUCCAAGGUCUCUGCUAAAGCCCAAGCCGCACUAGAAGAAACUGCAUCUAAAAAACGCCAAGCUGAUGUCAAUGGAGAUAGUGUGAGGAUACAGCUGAAGAAGGUAAAAUCAAACCCACCCACUGGAAGCGCUGCGAGAACAGCAUCAAAGAAGAACAUCGCAGUGUCGAGAUCAUCACCUGCGUCAAGUCAACAAGCUGUCGUCCAUACAGAGGCUGAGGAAGAAGACUCACAUAGCGAUAAUGCGAAAAACGAUGAUGUUGAACUUGUGGUGACCAAAAAUGAAGACAAAAGUGCCACUGAUGAGCUAAAACGAUUCAUGAAAGACUGGAUCUCACCUGUGUACGCUUUCUUUGAACCAUUUCCCAAGAUUGUCGAGGAGAAUGGCCGGUGGGCACAUGUCUUUAAGUGCCAGGGCAAGGGUUGCAAAACUACGGUAAGACAUUACCUCGACAAAGGUGAUGUGCGCUCGACAGGGAACAUGCGCAAACACGUUCGAUCGUGCUGGGGUGAAGAAGUAUUGCGAGCCGCCGAUGAGGCCAAGGAUGCCAAUGAAGUGCGAAAGAAGAUUGUGGGCAGUGUACUACGAAAUGGGUCAAUAACAGCCUCAUUUGAAAGAAAGGGAAAGGGAAAAAAUAACGUACUCGCAUCGUCAGCAUACCAAGGCCGAGACAAAGGCCGAGAUUGUUCGCUGGGUAUCAGAGAAUCUGCAGCCGUUUGA